AUGGAUCCAGAACAGCUUUCCGUCAGGGGAGUAUUCCCUGGAGAACAGGCAUUCCAACAGGCGGAGAAUAGACCAUCUGGCCGUGGAGAGCCAAGAGAUGCACCACGUGGUCUUCAUGAGAACGCAGAAAAACCUUUGCCACCAACCUAUGAGUCUCAAGAGCCGUUGCUACGUGGGAGGACUGCAAGCUCAACACAUAGCGCGGACGGUGAUGGCCCUGUUGACGAAAUGACUGUCCGUGGUGCUUACCGACCGCCACGGGGCUUGAAUGGGCGUUGCGAGCAGUCAACUGGAGGGGCCAUGGACUCAAUCCAAGAGAUUGCCAAUCCUCCGAAGACUGUCUCACCUUCAUCCAGUGGCCGUGAACUGAUGGGCCAUGAUAUGGCAGACUUGCAGCAGCGUGGCAGCGCUGAAACAACACAGACUACCAACCCAAACUCGCAGUGGAGGUGGAUCCAGGGUGUGUUUUCCUUCAACAAGAGGGAUGACUUAGAUAGCACGCCGGAGCCGACCUUGGAAGGGGAUGGCAGUUCUUUGCUUGAUAAGGAGAAUUUAUUAGGGGCUUCUGGGUCAUUGGGCGCUUCUGGGUCACUGGCGACGGCUGGGGGUGGCCCUGCAUUGGCUACAGGACUUCCAGGGUCAGUUGCAGGUACCGCGUCCAGAAGCCUGUCUCCGUCGACGGUGCUGUCAGAGAAGCAAGGGCAUCCAGGGGAAGACAGUGUUACUGUGCAGGCGAGGGCAGCCACGGUGACAGUGGCGGGUGUGGUGCAGAAAAUGCCAGGUGGACCAGAAGGGCACCUCAAGGAAACAAAAUCUGUGCCUGGCGUCUGGAUCAAGUCGGUAUGGGGAACAAGGCAGGAGGUGCAAGAGCUGGACCUUGCGAUCCAAAUGGCUUUGCAGGUGGAACAGAUUGAUACAGCCAAAUACUUUGCAAGAGAUUACACAGAAUUUCCUUCAGUGGCCCAUUACUAUGUGCACAUUCAUGAUGCCCUGGACAUGGAGGAAGUUGAUUUGCUGGCUAGCUUUGCUGGCCGCAUGGGAGAGGACCACCCUCUGGUGCAGGCAAUGAUGGAGAUCAUGGAGGAAGAUGGGGAAGGCGACGAUGCUCUCAUGAUGGACCCUCCUGAUGGCGGUGGGAUGUUGAAAGAAACACAAGGGAAGUCUGGUGACAUGGGUGUCUACAUUACUGAGUCUGGCAUGUUGAGGAGUGUACCUCCAGGGGGUCCGAGCCCAGUGGCGAAGCCACCAAAGAGGCACAGUGCCAGCGGACCAGAGGGGGAGGAUGCCAAGGCACCAGACAAGCGGAAAAAGGAAGCAGAGGGAGGGAGACCGAUGGCCCUUGUGCCUGGUAUGGACGACCUUGUCAACGAGAUCAGUGCAAUGAGCUGGCUGUCUAAAAGGAAGCCCUGGAAGCCUGGCCAGCCCAUAGUCGACGACGAGAAGGAGACUGGGCCUACGAAGGCGUCUAGGAAACGGAGCAAGUCCAGAGGGAGCGCAGGCCCAGCAUAUGGCCAGUCGCCGGCCCUGCAAGCUUCACUCUCAUCUGCAGCUUCACGGGGUUCUACAUCAGCCCAGACCUCCUCACCAAACAGGCAGCCUGCAGCGCAGGAGCCAAAGGCAAAUGCCCCCCCAAGCCCGCCAGCCCGUGUGACGCCCCUGGAGCCACAGGUGGCCCCUCCGAAAACCCAGCCCAAAUCCAAGUAUGGCGCUCCUGAGGCCCAGAAUGUUGCUAGUGAGGUCGCCACGGACACCCAUGUGCAUUAUUAUGGGAACCCAGGAGCGCGUGAUGCCAAAGAGAGCAGGGGGUUGCUUGACAUAAUAUGCUGCAGGAGGCCGCUGGUGGAUGAAGAGUACUGA